AUGCACCGAGCACUUCUUCGAGUGCAAAAAUUUCAAAAAUACACAGCUAGAUGUCUCAGCGAUGCGGGAAAAGCUGAAAAAUUGGCGGAAUUCAGUGAGAAAAGCAAAUAUGCGAUUCGAACACUGGAUAAUUCAUCUCCGAUUGAGAAACGAUCAUUGUCGAGAGGUUUUGCGAUGAAUCGGUUUGAAAAAGAUUUCAUGAUCUACCCAGAGUACACCGACUCAGACGACGUGCGAAAUAUCGAAGGAUUCGUAGAUAUUCUCCAAAAGUCUCUAAAUCUUUCAGUCGACUCAAAAAUCAUCGAAAAAGAGGGAAAUUUGCCGUCGGAAGUGAUAGAAACCCUCCGAAGUAAUGCAAUUUUCUCGGUUUCAAUUCCCAAAGAUUUCGGUGGAAUCGGAAUGAAAAAUAAGGAAAUUUCGAAAGUUUUCGAAGAAUUAUCGAUUGAUUGGAAUAUCUACACGAGUGCUCAAAUUGCUCUACAAGUCUCGAAUAUUCUCACAAUUUAUGGAACGGAUGAACAGAAAUCCAAGUAUUUGACAUCUCUUUCCGAUGGAAAAAUCCGUCCCGCAGUGGCGAUUGUGAAGGAUACGAAUGGGGGAAAGUGUGAACAGACUGCGGGUCCACAGGGAAAAUCUAUGUUGAAUGGAGAGAAUAUUCGAGUCAUCGGACAUCAUAACGCCAAUUUUUAUGUCGUUUUUGGAGAUAACAAAGGUGAACAAACAUGUUUCAUUCUCGACGAAACAGAACUUGCGACGACUGACAAAAUCAAAUUCCAUCGUGGCGAAACAUUCGGAUUAAAGGGAACAGACAUCGGACGAAUCGAGCUGACUGCUCUAGUCAACGAGAAAAACGUCCUAGGCGCGCCAGGCAACGGAGCAGAAAUCUGUGCAGAGUUGACUGGAAGUGGACGGAUGCCAUUCGCCGCGGCGACAGUUGGAAUGGCUAAACGAACACUAAGAGAACUAUCUAUUUGGUGUAAUCGGACACCUUCUAGACGAACGGAUCGAAGUGUUCUUUCGGAUGAUUCGAGAUCUCAGAGACUCGUCACUGAUUUGGCUCUGAAAGUGUAUUCUCUUGAGUCUUCUUUGUAUUAUUUAAGUGGAUUGAUUGAUGAGGGAUUAUCGAUUGUUGUCGAUAUUGAGAAUUCACUUUUGUCGAUGUUGACAAGAGAUGUUCUUCAGUCCGUCAUCUCGACCCAACUAGAACUCGUCGGUGUGGCAGCCAGUGACUCUUCCUUCCCACACGAGAAAAUCUUCCGUGACGUCACAACUCUUUUGUCGAUUAUCGACGAGAGUGCAGACGUUGAACAGAUCGGAUUGGCGACGAUAGCCACGUGGGCCACGUCGACAUCUCAUAAACGAAUUGUCAGUACUCUGAAACGAUGGCUGAAACAAGAGAAAGAGGCGGAUGAGAUGAGAAAUCCUGGAUUGACUCAUUAUAUUGCAGAACACGCCCAUCCGUCACUUCAGAUGGCUUGCCAAGAACUGGAAUUCUCAAUGUCUCGAAUCAAUAACGUUGUCUCCCGACUGAUGACGUCACAAGGAAAGAAUAUCGAACAGGAUUACGGUAGUCUCGAGGCUCUCGUCACGGUUUUGAAGAAUAAUUUGGUGAUGGUCUCCACGAUUUCACGGGCGUCUCGAUCCUAUUCGAUUGGGCUGAGAAAUGCGGAUAUCGAGUUGGCAUGGGCCACUAUUAUUUGUUCGAGACUAUCCCGUGCCACGUGGUUUGAACUUGACGCUCUCUCCGAUCUAUUCGGUCUUGUCCGUUUCAAUCCAUCACUUUUGAAUGCAGGAAGAGCUGUGUUCGAUCUGGGAGGAUAUAUCAUUGAAUCGCCGUUAGAGAAGAAUUGGUGA